AUGGGAGAGAGACAGAGGGAGGAGGUGGUGAGUGCAAAGCAAGUAUCUGAUGAAGAUGCGUUCCUAUUUUCCAUGCAACUAGCAGGUGCCACCGCUGUUCCUAUGGUGCUGAAGUCAGCUUUAGAGCUUGGUAUCAUAGAAACCAUAGCCAAAGCUGGUGAUGGAGCUUAUCUUUCUCCUUCUAAUAUUGCUUCUCAGCUCCCAAUAAUUAAGAACCCGGAUGCACCCGCCAUGCUGGACCGAUUGUUGCGCCUCUUGGCUAGCUAUAACAUCCUCACAUGCGAACUCCCUCUUGGUAAGGCUGAAAGGCAUUAUGGUCUUAACCCUUUGGCCAAAUACUUUGUCAACAAUCAAGAUGGUGUCUCCAUGAUUGCUCCCUUUCUCAUGCAACACGACAAAGUCCUCAAAGACAUGUGGUACCACUUGACAGAUUCAAUUAAGGAGGGUGGCCUUCCAUUUGACAAUGCUUAUGGAAUGACUUCCUUUGAAUUCCAUGGCACAAAUCCAAGGUUCAACAAGCUUUUCAACAAGGGGAUGUCCGAUUGCUCUAGCAUCAUAAUGAAGAAAAUUCUUGAGACCUAUACAGGCUUUGAGGGUCUUGGAUCCAUGGUUGAUGUUGGAGGUGGGACUGGAGCUAUUACUAACAUGAUUGUCUCCAAGUAUCCCACCAUAAAGGGCAUUAAUUUUGACUUGCCCCACGUUAUUAAAGAGGCUCCAUCUUAUCCAGGUGUGGAGCAUGUUGGUGGAGACAUGUUUGUCAGUGUUCCAAAAGGUGACGCCAUUUUCAUGAAGUGGAUAUGUCAUGACUGGAAUGAUGAGCAAUGCUUGAAACUUUUGAAGAACUGCUAUGAUUCCAUUCCUGAAACGGGGAAGGUGAUUUUGGCUGAAUCCAAUAUUCCAGUAACCCCGGAUUCUAACUUGGCCACAAAGUGUCUGUUUCAAAUGGAUGUUAUAAUGUUGUGUCAUAGCUCAGGCGGAAAAGAGAGAACAGAGAAAGAGUACGAGGCUUUGGCUAAGGGGGCUGGAUUCCAAGGCUUCCGAGUAGCGUGCUCUGUUUUCAACUUUUAUGUCAUGGAAUUUCUUAAGAAGGCUUAAGUUCUAAUCUUCUGCCAUUCACAUUUACGUUUUGAGAGAGUGCAAUUGCCAGGCCACAAUGCUUUCCUCCAAUAUAAUGUUGUCUUGAUUCAUAAUAAAGGGAAAUCAUU